UAAUUUUGUGAGCAUCGAAAUCCACCUUUUACAGGACAAAUCUUUUAAUAAUUCCUCAAUAUGUAAACCUUUCCAAGAGUUUCCAACUGAAAGGCGAAACCCAGAACUACCAAUCUUAUGUCCACGAUUGAAGUAGUUCUUUGCAAGAUUUGAUGGGUAAAUCGCGCAAAUAUUAAAUUGAAGAGAUUUAUCUACCUACCGAAGAUGUAGAAAACUUUCUUUUGCCUUGUAUUUGUGAGAAAAUUGGUAAAUUGCUGUUCACUUGGCGAGUCAGAUUCUCUCAGCCAUUCCUUAGUACAACAACGCGGUUACCUUGGUAACGAAUGAAAGCCGCUGGUCAAAUGUAUUCGCACACCCGGACUGGAGCAAGUGACAGAAUCGUUGUGUGACGAAAGAAUUUACAUUGUAAACAAAACCAUCGUCAAUUCCCAGAAAGGAAAAACGAAAGGCAAAAUACGCCAAGGCAUGACCUGUUCCCGUGCAACACGCAUUCUGCUAUAAAUAGAAAUCUUUAUGCGGGAAUGAUGAUUGCGUUUUUUUAAUUCUUGUUUACGAUUAAUUGUUUUACACCAAACUGCCCCGUCGAAUUCCCACAGACAGUCUGCAAGAGCACGUGACUUGUCAUGCAAAGUAAGAUCUAUUUAGCGAACUCAAAUUUCGCGUUUGUGAUUCAGUUCUAAGAAGGUGUUCUUGGAGGUGUCUCCUGCUCCUGCUCUUAUCGAUGAUAGUGAAGCGAGGCUUGGAAGAAAGAGAUGAUAUUUGACGCAUUCGUCGCCACUUUACUGAGUCUGUUGUUGUUUGUCAAGGGUCGAUCGACUAAGCCUAGCUGUUGUCCAAAAGUGGAUCCUGACGCAUUUCGUAAUGUUAGUCAGCUUAUUGUGAAUCGUGGAUAUCCAGUUGAAGAAUACUGCGUGGACACCAUAGAUAACUUCACACUCGGUGUUCAGCGUAUCCCACAUGGGCGAGCAGGUGGAACCAAUGGCACUAAACCUGUAGUGUUUCUACAGCAUGGGCUCUUGGCGGACUCGUCAAAUUGGGUCCAAAAUUAUCCGGAUAACAGCUUGGGGUACAUCUUGGCCGACAGUGGGUUUGAUGUUUGGCUUGGUAACAUCCGGGGAAACAGAUACUCGAGACGUAAUAGUGUCUUAAAGCCGAGUCAAAAAAAAUUCUGGGAUUGGAGCUUUCAAGAAAUGGCUCAAUAUGACAUCCCAGCCAUGCUUGAGCACGCUCUAAAUGUCAGCGGCCAAGACCAGCUAUUUUACAUCGGCCACUCGCAAGGAACUCUGGUCGGUUUCACGAGUUUCUCAUCCAAUCCCGGGCUUGCAAAGAAAGUCAAACUGUUCAUGGCCUUGGCGCCCAUUUACCAAUUGGACCACACUGCCGCAAUACUGAGGGACUUGGCUUUCACUCUUGACCCAAUUGAGGAACUUCUUCGUCCCCUGGGCGAAAUCGAGUUCUUGCCUGGUCGACUGCUUCAGAAGCUUAUAGAUAUCGGUUUUUGUGGCGGCAAGUGGUCAGAACAGGCUUGUUAUGAUCUUGGAGAGUACAUUUUUGGCUUUGAUGACAGUAACAACAAUAUGAGUCGGGUUCCGGUCUACCUUUCAAACUGGCCAGCGGGUACUUCCCUGAAGAAUAUCAUCCACCUCGGCCAGCUUAUAUUAUCGGGAAGAUGUCAGAAGUUUAACUAUGGCAGGAAAGGAAAUCAAAAACAUUACCAUCAGGACUCACCACCAGUGUAUGAUGUUAGUAAGAUGAUAACACCCACAGCAUUUUUCUACGCCGGCCAGGAUUCACUGUCUAACGCGACUGACGUGGAAGCUCUUAUACCCAAAAUUAGCAAUCUUGUACUCACUCAGUUCUUACCUAGAUGGAAUCACGUUGAUUUUGUGUUUGGAGAGGAUGCUGCCAAAGUUUUAUACAGCAAACUUGUCAAAAUUUUGCAUGAUCUCUCGUGAGUGGAGAAGCAAUGGCAUCGUGGAAGUCAGCACUGGGCCUGUUAACGUGAAAAAUAAAGUCCAAAUUGAUGUUGGAUCACUGUGCAAUCCAGGGAAAAGAUGUUUUAUAAUUUCAGAAGAGGAAAUUCAUUUUAGUGCGGAUUUAUUGAAAAUGUAAGAAUUAUUUAAAAUAUUAUUUGGUGUUACCAAGGACUACCGAAAAAAGACAAAUCGGAAGCAUAUGAUUCGAUGAACGAUUAUUUUUCUUGAAGCUAACGUGGUUGUUUUUAAUCAUCGCGUUCAUGGACCAUGGCUCAUUUUCUAGCGUCAGUUUAUCACAAUACUAAUCUCCCCAAAGAUGUCCAAAUUGCUCAAAUUUUAUAUCUGAUUAAAGCAAUAAACUGAUCGCAA